CCCUCCUUCGGCGGCGGCGGCAGGGCCUGCGGGGCGAUGGCGGCUGUGAGGGGCCUCCGUAUUUCGGUGAAGGCGACCGAGCCGGAGCCCAUGGAAGUGGAGGAGGGCGAGCUGUUGCUUCAGGCCGCAGCCCCCGCUACCACCUCGCCUCCGAUAGCCACGGCAUCAGCAGAGGAACUAGCCGUGCCGGUGGGGUGCUCGCUGAGGGAGCUGCUGCCGGAUACUAGCAGAAGAUAUGAAAACAAAGCUGGGAGCUUUAUCACUGGAAUAGAUGUGACUUCAAAGGAAGCGAUUGAGAAGAAGGAGCAGAGAGCAAAACGUUUUCAUUUUCGUGCAGAAAUCAAUCUUGCUCAAAGAAAUGUAACACUGGAUCGAGAUAUGAUGAAGAAAGCCAUUCCCAAAUUGCGGCUAGAUACCAUAUAUAUUUAUGGUGUUGAUGAAAUGAGCACUCAGGAUAUUUUUGCCUAUUUCAAGGAAUAUCCCCCUGCUCACAUUGAGUGGCUGGAUGACACAUCUUGCAAUGUGGUUUGGCUUGAUGAAGUAACAGCGACGCGAGCACUCAUCAACAUGAGUUCUAUGCCUAGUGAGGCAAAAAUAAAACCCCAAGAAAACUGUAAGAAAAUAGAAGAUUCCACAAAGAAAGAAAAACAAGAGGAAAGCUCAGAUGAUGAAACAGAAGAAGGUGAAGUAGAAGAUGAUCAUCCAAGUGAUACAGAGCUGGACACUUUAUCCCAAGUGGAAGAAGAUUCCCUUUUGCGUAAUGACCUUCGUCCAGCCAGUAAGCUGGCCAAAGGCAACAAGCUCUUCAUGAGAUUUGCCACUAGAGAUGACAAGAAGGAGCUUGGAGCUGCCAGGAGAAGUCAGUAUUACAUGAAAUAUGGAAAUCCUAAUUAUGGAGGCAUGAAAGGCAUCUUGAGCAACUCAUGGAAGCGGAGGUAUCAUUCACGCCGACUUCACCGGGAUGUAAUUAAAAAAAGAACCCUCAUUGGGGAUGAUGUUGGUCUGACCCCCCCUUAUAAACAUCAUCAUUCAGGAUUAGUAAAUGUUCCUGAAGAGCCAAUUGAGGAAGAGGAGGAAGAGGACCAGGAUGAUGAUGAUCAAUAUAUGGAUGAGGAUGAUCGUGUCGUUGUGGAAUACAGAGAUGAGCUGCAGGCUUACAAGCAGUCUCGUGAACGGAGUGCUCGGCGUUCCAGUGCUAGCGAAUCUGAUUCUGAUGAAAUGGACUAUGAUCUUGAGUUGAAGAUGAUCUCUACUCCUUCCCCCAAGAAAAGCAUGAAAAUGACUAUGUAUGCAGAUGAAGUAGAGUCUCAGUUGAAGAGCAUUAGAAAUUCAAUGAGAGCAGACAGUGUCGCUUCCAGCAAUGUCAAGAAUCGUAUUGGAAGCAAAGGACCCUCAGAGAAAGUUACUGAUGUGAGACUGCUGUUGGAAGAAAAAAGACAUGGGAGCCCUGGCCUGCAUCAGCCCCUGAACUCUGUGAAAUCAGAUGUCCGACAGAGGCUUGGCAAGAGGCCACAUUCACCAGAAACACCUCAGCCCAGCAGUAUUUCUUCAUCUCACCGUGAGCCUAUGUCCGAUGUUCAUAGUCGUCUAGGAAUCCCCAGGCAAGAAGGGAAAGGCCUUUAUUCAGAUACCAGAGAGAAGAAAUCUGCAAAUCUACGGACACGUUUGGGAUCUACAUCAAAGACACAGGAAAAAGUCCCAGAGCAAGAAGAAAAAUCAUCAGCAUCACCCGAAGAUGACGACUCUGAGCUCCAGCGGGCGUGGGGGGCUCUCAUUAAAGAAAAGGAAGAGUCACGUCAGAAGAAAAGCCGACUUGAUAACUUGCCAUCACUGCAGAUUGAAAUUAGUCAAGAGAGCAGCUCAGGCUCGGACACAGAAUCAUGAUGGCUUUUAGUACAUCCUUGGAGACUGUUCUAAUGGCUCCAAACUGACUGACUGGCCUGGGCCCAGGAGCUUUCCUCUGCCAAACCAUCCGAUCCAUGUUUCAAGGAAUCUCUAUUAUGAGAUGUCCUUGCAUGGCAGAGGUGACCUUAGGGGUGUUUGUGUGAGUGUGUGUGCGUGCGCGUGUGUGUGUUGUGUGUGUGGUCCCCUUAGGAAGCAAUCAAGUUUUAUAGAAGACUUGUAUCUUUCCAUUAAGUUGGAAACAAGAUUCUGAUACUCCAAAAAUGAUACAGAACUUUCUGGGUUGAUCAACUUUGCCUUUCUGGUUUUUCUCUGGCUAGCUAUCAGGGCUGGCUCUGCUUCUGCUUCUCCCACUCUAGAAUGACCAUGAAUGUAAAUCCAAGAAAGGACAAUGAAUAACUUUUCUCUGUUGUCAGCAGUUCCUGAAUGUGAUUCCAUUAGAAUUUGGCUUUCUAUAUUGGAGAGAAAUUUUUACCUAA